CCCAAGUCUCUUUUGGCGCCAAAAUCAUCUUUCGCAUAUCACAGCGGCUGCUUCUCUCCACUGUCUUUCGCUAGUCGCCGGCGAGUUUUUCUCCGGCAAAGAAAACCCUAGGAGAGCUUUCUAUCGUGGAAUUCGCGCCGAGUAAUUUCUCUGAUUUCCUUCCUGCAUUCCUUACCGUUUACUUCAAUGUCGGAACAUCGGGCCAAACGCCCCAAAAUCACCAGGGGCAAAGAUGAUUAUAUGCCAGGAAACAUAACUGAGAUUGAGCUUCAUAACUUCAUGACAUUCAGCAAGUUGACAUGCAAACCAGGCUCCCGAUUAAAUCUUGUAAUUGGACCAAAUGGCUCUGGAAAGAGUUCUCUAGUUUGUGCAAUAGCACUCGGUCUUGGUGGUGAGCCUCAGCUUUUGGGGAGGGCUUCUAGUAUUGGAGCAUUUGUGAAACGCGGGGAAGAAUCAGGUUACAUCAAGAUUUCCUUGAGAGGGGAAACCAAAGAGGACCAGUUAACUAUUGUGCGAAAAAUAGAUACGCGGAACAAGUCUGAGUGGAUUUUUAAUGGAAAAGCUGUGCCAAAGAAGAACGUAACUGAUAUAAUUCAAAGGUUCAAUAUCCAAGUCAACAAUUUGACUCAAUUUCUACCUCAAGACAGGGUUUGUGAGUUUGCAAAGUUAACUCCUGUUCAACUACUUGAAGAGACUGAAAAGGCUGUGGGUGAUCCUCGGCUACCAGUCCAGCAUGUUGAUCUUAUAAGCAAAAGUGAGGAGCUGAAGAAGUCUGAACGAACUGUGAAGAGCGGCAGAGAGACAUUGGAUCAGCUGAAGGAAGUCAAUUCUCAACUUGAACGAGAUGUGGAGCGUCUUCGUCAGAGAGAGCAACUCCUGGGACAGGCUGAAACGAUGAAAAAGAAAUUGCCAUGGCUGAAGUACGAUGCUAAGAAGGCCGAGUUUAUGGAAGCUAAAAGGCAAGAGCAAGAUGCCAAAAAGAAGCUGGAUGAAGCUGCUGAGAAUUUGAAUGAACUCAUGGAACCUAUAGAGGAGAAAAAGCAAGAGAAAGCCGAACGAGAUGCUAAAUGCAAAAAAGUAAAUGGCCUGUUGGGUGAAAAUGCCAACAAGCGUAUGAAACUUCUGGAUCAGGAUAGCCGUUUGGAUGUUCAAGUGAAUGGAAAAUAUAAAGAAAUGGAAGACUUGAGGAAGCAAGAAGAAUCUCGUCAACGUCGAAUUUCAAAAGCUCAAGAGGAUCUUAGUGCUGCCGAAUUGGAACUUGCAAAUCUUCCUCCUUAUGAACCUCCCAGAGAUAAAAUUGAUAGUUUGGGUUCUAAAAUUUUAGAGCUGCAAGAUGGUGCACGGGAGCUAAGGUCUCAGAAAUCAGAAAUAGAAAGAACCCUUGAUCGGAAUAGGACAACAUUCAGACAGUGCUCUGAUAAAUUGAAGGAGAUGGAGAACACAAACAACAAAAGGUUACGUGCUUUACAGAGUUCUGGUGCUGAAAAGAUAUUUGAAGCUUACAAUUGGGUUCAGGAGCAUCAACAUGAAUUUAAUAAACCUGUCUAUGGUCCAGUUCUUCUUGAGGUCAAUGUUUCCAAUCGGAUUCAUGCAGAUUACCUAGAGGGUGAUGUACCAGGAUACAUAUGGAAGGCCUUUAUAACACAAGAUGCUGCUGACCGUGACUUGUUAUUUAGAAAUAUGCGAUCAUUUGAUGUUCCUAUUAUAAAUGUAGCAGAUAAAAGUCAGAGCCGUGUUCCCUUUCAAAUUACUGAGGAGAUGCGUAUGCUAGGUAUCGAUUCAAGGCUUGACCAAGUUUUUGAUGCUCCCGAUGCAGUCAAAGAAGCUCUAGUCGGUCAAUUUCG